UUCCAUAUUCAACUUUCAAAUACGUCACAUAGCAUUUAUUCAGAAUAAAAAUCAAAAGUUAUUCUUCAAAAACUAACUCAAAAAUAAUGUAGAUAAUUUUCGCAAAGCAUACAAAAGAUAAAUUUCUGUUUAAAUUCAAAAUGGGUACCAUACGAUAUUGCAACCAAAUCAAAAGUUUGAAUCACAUUUUGGCCGCGAGCAACCAUAAUAUCGGUCAAGCUAUUGUUAUAACAGCCCGCCACAAGAGUUACUCAAAGGACAAGGAUUGCUGCCGGGACGUUCCGCAAGCUGAGGGCAAGACGGUGGUGCCGUGGCCUCGCGCGCCCAUGUGGCCUUGCAACUUCCCUGAAGAGCCGCAGCCCCCCAAUUAUGACCCCUACAAGAUUAAAUCACCGGAUGUGGUCGUGCCACCCCUACCACCCAGCAACGCCAAGCCAAUGCUGGAAUGCCGACGGACGAAGGGCCCUUGCUCGAUGAAACCGGUGCCCGAUCCGCCGCCCUGUCCGCCCCCGCCGCCGCCGCCAUUCCCUUGGGUGUACGUGUGGGGUCUCGCCUCCUUCCUCGGCACUGUGGGCUUGAUUUACAAAUUAUAUUUAUGGAAGGAGGAGCAGGACAAACUUGGAGAAAAUAUACCAAUAUGGCGUCCAAGGCGUGUUAUAAAGCGGCCAUUCCACGAGAAGGAUAUACCGCCAUGUGUCCAGUACUUGAUAAUCGGUGCGGGAGCGGCCGGCUGGGCGGCCUACAACUCUAUCAUAGAACACGAUAAAACCGCGAAGGUGUUUUUCAUAGCGAAAGAAGACUGCUUGCCGUACAAACGACCCCCGAUGUCAAAGUACAUGUGGUGGAACCCCGAGCCGCCCGAUAUCAAGAACCUUUAUUAUGUUCAGGAUUGGAAGAAGAAAACAAUGUACCUGUCUGAGUGUCGCAACUUUCUGGAUCCUGUGAAGUUCUAUCGCAAGAAGACGGGUCCGGCGGUCUCCAUAGCGACAGGGUGGUGCGUACUGCGCGUUGACGCUGAUAGCCACGUCGCCUGGAUCAAGACGCUCUGCGGCGAGCAGCCCAUAUACUACGAGCGAUGUCUGAUAGCACCAGGUUCCAAACCGAAGCAGCUGUCGAUGUUUAAAUCCGCGCCCAAGGCGGUGCGUGAUCGCGUCUGCAACCUGCGCACUAUCCGCGACCUGGAGAUCGCGUACCGUAGUGUCAAGAAGUCCAAGCACGUGGUGGUGAUCGGAGGAGGCCCGCUCGGCUGCGAGCUCGCCUGGUACCUCGGCAGGAUGAAUAAAUUGGACAAGGAGUUAGACCCGGAUCAUGAGCCGAUAAAGAUAGUACACAUUUACAAGGACAAGGGCAUCAUGGCUAGCGUGAUCCCGGAGUACCUGGGUGAAUGGGCAGCUGAGAAGAUCAGAAAGGAAGGCGUCACCAUUAAACCUAAAACUCAAGUAUACGAUGCCUACCAGUCAGAAGACGGUCGUCUGGAGUUGACUUUGUCUGAUGGAACGUCACUCGUCACAGAUUAUGCAUUUGUGGCGGUGGGCUCACAACCGCGUAUGGAUCUGGCGGAGCCUUCGUAUCUGGAAGUUGACGACGUCAAUGGCGGCUUCGUGGUUAAUACGGAACUGAUGGCCAGGACGCAUUUAUACGUUGCCGGUGACGCGGCUAGUUUCUACUCGCAAUGGAAGGACACUCGGCUGCGACUGGAUCACUACCUGAACGCGCAGGAGCAGGGCUACGUGGCAGGCGCUAAUAUGACCGGCUACUGGUGUGCAGAGGAGGCGGCCAAGGCGACACAGGCGCCAGCUGGCGGCGGCGGCGGAGGGGACAGACCCUGUUAUAAAAAGAGCAACGAGUAUCAGAGCCGGUACCUGCGCGGUCUACUAAUGUAUAUGCGCGACGAGACUGUGGUCGGCUUCGUCUUCUGGAACAUGCCGCCGAUAGACGACCGCGCCGCCGUCGCCACCGAGAUUUUGCGCGCGAAGCCGUCAUACAAAGACAUCGACCUGAUCGCAGAUCUGCUAGGUUUUGUUGACACAAAAUGUAUCUAUAAGAAGCAGGAGGAGUUGAUAGAGAAGGGUCCUUGCAUCAAGAAGUAA